UUUCAAUUUCCAAAUCUUCACGAAUUUCCACAGCAAUUUUGCCCCUUUUGGCCUGAAAAUGCGUAUACGAAAAGAAGGAAGCUUAAACGACGACAAUAAUGUCGCUUUUCGGAGCUUUUUUCCGGUUUUAAUCCUCAUUUUGACUUCUUCGGCACCGCGAUCGGGCCACGCCGCCACUGAUACGGAUAAUCCGGCGGCGGUCCAGCUCUUCGCGCAGGCCGUCUAUGAUAAGUUUAAGAAUUUCAACUCCCUUUUCGAUGAUAGCGUCCGCACACAAUUGCGUUAUUGCGUCGACAAUGUGGAUGCUGAUUGGAAAGCAGCAUUUGAUUUCUCAAAAGACACAGAGUUCCUUUCCAACUGCGUUAAACAGACAAAAGGGGAUAUUAUGCAGCGAUUAUGUACAGCUUCAGAGAUGAAAUUUUAUGCGUCAAGCAUAAUUUUGGAUACACUGGAAGACAGUGGAACAAAGAGUAGCAACUAUGUGAAUCCUAACAUAAACUGUAAUUUAUCAUCAUGGGUUUCCGGUUGUGAGCCAGGGUGGGCUUGUAGUGUCGGAAAAGAUGUGCAGGUAGACCUUAAAAAUUCAAAGGAAAUACCGUCCAGAACUCUUGAAUGUCAAGCUUGCUGUGAAGGUUUCUUUUGUCCUCAUGGUCUGACCUGCAUGAUACCCUGCCCAUUAGGCUCUUAUUGCCCUGUCGGCAAACUCAAUGACACUACAGGUGUAUGUGAUCCGUACAGUUAUCAACUGCCUCCUGGAGAGUCAAAUCAUACCUGUGGUGGAGCAGAUGUGUGGGUUGAUUUUGUGAGUAAUUCUGAUCUAUUUUGCAAAGCAGGAUUUUACUGUCCAACAGUGACCCAGAAAAAUCCUUGCAGUCGUGGCCAUUACUGCAGAGCUGGCUCAACAGAGCAAACGAGGUGUUACGAAUUGGCUACUUGUGAAGAGCAAACUGAAAAUCAAAAUAUUACAGCAUAUGGCCUGCUCUUUUUCGCUGGAAUCAUACUUGUAAUUCUCAUUAUAUACAAUUGGUCUGACCAAGUUAUUAGCACUAGAGAGAAAAAACAAGCAAAGUCCAGGGAAGCUGCUGCAAGAAGUGCACGGGAAACAGCACAGGCGCGUGAAAAAUGGAAAUCUGCAAAGGAUACUGCUAAAAAGCAUGCAAGUGGACUACAAGAAUCGUUUUCACGAACAUUUUCCCGUAGAAAGCCUUCAAUGGCAGAAUCAAAGGGCACAGGUCAGCCUAAAUCUGGAAGUGGUGCUCCCUUGCCACCUGUGCCCUCUGGUAUGUCUCAAGCAAAAGCAAAGAAGCAAAGCAACCUUACAAAAAUGAUGCGUGAACUUGAAGAAAACCCUGAGAGUCAUGAGGGUUUUAAUGUGGAGAUAGGAGAUAAAAAUUUGAAGAAGCAUAAGACUAAGGAAUUGCAUACUCGCAGCCAAAUUUUUAGAUAUGCAUAUAAUGAAAUUGAGAAAGAAAAAGCUAUGCAGGAGCAGAACAAGAAUCUGACCUUUUCUGGUGUCAUUUCGAUGGCAAAUGAAUUUGAACUUGGGGCCAGACCCCCUAUUGAGGUUAUUUUUAAAGACCUGACACUUACUUUGAAGGGGAAAGAUAAACAUUUGUUAAGGUGCGUGUCAGGUAAAUUUUCGCCUGGUCAUGUUUCCGCAAUCAUGGGUCCAUCUGGGGCUGGAAAGACAACAUUUUUAUCUGCUUUGACUGGAAAAGCUACUGGGUGCACCAUGACUGGUUUGAUUCUUAUAAAUGGACAGCCUGAAUGUAUGCGGUCAUACAAGAAAAUCAUUGGCUUUGUCCCCCAAGAUGAUACAGUGCAUGGAAACUUGACAGUGGAAGAAAAUCUCUGGUUUAGUGCUAGGUGCAGAUUGCCGGCAGAUCUUGGAAAACCAGAAAAGGUUUUAGUUGUUGAAAGAGUAAUUGAAUCCCUUGGAUUGCAACAUGUAAGAGAUUCCCUUGUAGGAACUGUGGAGAAACGAGGCAUAUCUGGGGGCCAGAGGAAGCGAGUAAAUGUGGGGCUGGAAAUGGUUAUGGAGCCUUCUUUAUUGAUCUUAGAUGAACCAACUACUGGUUUGGAUAGUUCUUCUUCUCAGUUAUUACUUAGAGCUCUUCGACGAGAAGCCCUUGAAGGAGUAAAUAUAUGCAUGGUGCUUCACCAACCCAGCUACACAUUGUUCAGGAUGUUUGAUGAUUUUAUACUUCUAGCCAAGGGUGGUCAAACCGUAUAUCAUGGACCAGUGAAGAAAGUUGAAGAGUACUUUGCAGGCCUUGGGAUUCAUAUCCCAGAGCGUGUUAAUCCUCCAGAUCACUUCAUUGACAUUUUAGAGGGAAUAGUAAAACUAAGUCCAAGCAUAGGGGUGAGCUACAAAGACCUUCCUCUCAGGUGGAUGCUUCAUAAUGGUUAUCCCGUACCACCAGAGAUGUUGGAUUCUGCUGGAUUAUCAGCUCCAGCUGGAGAAAAUUCAGGUCAUGGAGGAAAUCCUGCUGCUGCCACUUCUGCUUUAACUUUUGCAGCAGAGCUGUGGCAGGAUGUCAAAUCCAAUGUUCAACAGAGAAAGGACCAAUUGACGCAUAAUUUUUUGACUUCAAAGGACUUGUCCGGUCGAAUAACACCAGGUGUGAUGACGCAGUAUAAAUUUUUUCUUGGAAGGCUUGGCAAGCAGAGAUUGAGAGAAGCUAGGAUACAGGCAGUAGAUUAUCUUAUUCUCUUACUUGCUGGAAUCUGUUUAGGAACACUCGCUAAAGUGAGUGAUGAAACUUUCGGGUCCAUGGGAUAUCUUUACACCGUGAUUGCUGUCUCCUUACUCAGCAAGAUUGCAGCAUUGAGAUCAUUUGCUCCAGAUAAAAUAUACUAUUGGAGAGAGAGUGCUUCGGGCAUAAGCAGCUUGGCUUAUUUUCUAGCAAAGGAUACAAUUGACCAUUUCAACACAAUUGUGAAGCCAGCAGUUUAUCUAUCAAUGUUCUAUUUCUUCAACAAUCCUAGAUCUACAAUUCUGGAUAACUACAUUGUCCUGAUUUGUCUCAUAUACUGUGUCACCGGAAUAGCUUAUGCACUUGCCAUAUACUUCGACCCUGGUCAAGCUCAACUGUGGUCAGUCCUGGUUCCAGUUGUAUUGACUCUUGUAGCAAACCAGGAGGGCGAUAAAUUUGUGAUGAGAUUAGGAGAUUUUUGCUACACCAAGUGGGCUUUGGAAGCAUUCUCGAUAGCAAAUGCUAAAAGGUACUAUGGAGUGUGGCUGAUCACAAGAUGUGGCACCUUAAAACAAAGAGGCUAUCGUCUUGAAGACUGGUAUCCUUGUCUGGGAUACCUCAUUAUUGCAGGCAUACUCAGCCGUGGCCUAGCCUUCUUCUGUCUGAUCACCUUCCAGAAAAAAUGAGUCUUCUGUUUCGUCGUAUCUCGCCUGGGUUUUUCUUCAUCGCCAUGGAAGAACCCACCAAACCUCUUCAAAAUCACGUUCUGAUACUGAUACAUCAGCAAUAAUAAUGGUUAGCAGUGUAGUUUGAGUUAGUUAACCUUUCUUUCAGACAUUUGGAGGGCCAGAGACACCACUGUGAACGUUGUUGUACAUUAGUGUGUACUUUGUAGUAGUAAUAUAUGUUGUUGUAAUUAAUGUAUUCAGCAGCAGAAGUUUAGGAAACACUGUUGUAACUAA